UGUUCUUAUAAAUAGAGCUUGCCUUUCCUAUUUUCUCUUCAUUAUUUCUUAAUCUUCUAUUCAACAUGGCACUUCCUAAGUUUUUGCUACUUUGUGUUUUUGUGCUUCUGGGUUGUUCUUCAAUGGCUUCUGCUGCAAUUGUGGAGCACACAUUUAAUGUGCAAAACUUGACCAUCGGAAGAUUGUGCCAGCAGCAGGUGAUAACUGCAGUAAACGGCAGCCUCCCAGGGCCGACUAUUCGUGUUAGUGAGGGUGACACUCUUGUUGUUCAUGUCUUCAACAAGUCACCCUAUAACCUUACAAUUCACUGGCAUGGGAUAUUUCAAAUACUCAGUCCGUGGGCAGAUGGGCCAAGCAUGGUGACUCAAUGUCCAAUAACACCAGGACACAAAUACACCUACAGAUUUAGAAUCAUCAACCAGGAGGGAACCCUGUGGUGGCAUGCCCAUGUCUCAUGGCUCCGAGCUACUGUCCAUGGCGCUCUUAUUAUUCGCCCAAGAGCUGGUCAAUCAUAUCCAUUCCCCAAACCCCACAAGGAAGUUCCAAUCGUGCUAGGUGAGUGGUGGAAUGCUAGCGUUGUCGAUGUUGUGAACCAGGCGCUCGCCACUGGCGGGGCUCCUAAUGAUUCAGUUGCUUUCACCAUUAAUGGAAAGCCCGGAGACCUCUACCCCUGCUCUCAAAAUCAAACAUACAAGCUCCACGUUCAACAAGGGAAGACUUAUCUUUUGCGUAUAAUCAACGCUGCACUCAAUAACCAGCUCUUCUUCAAGAUUGCUAAUCAUAAUCUGACGGUGGUGGCCGUCGACGCUGCAUACACAACGCCGACGGUCACCAACGUUGUGGUGAUUGCGCCGGGGCAGACCACCGACGUUCUUCUCAAAGCCAACCAACCUGUGGGCUCUUAUUACAUGGCGGCUCAUGCUUAUGUCACUACGCCGAACACCUUUGACAACACCACCACCACAGGCAUCAUCGAAUAUGAAGGCUCAAACUCAACCGCUGCGCCGAUCAUGCCAGUUCUUCCGGCCUUCAACGACACGCCGACGGCUUUCACAUUCUACAGUAAUUUAACCAGUUUGGAAUUUUGCCCCCACUGGGUCCCAGUGCCACGUCACGUCAACGAGCAUAUGUUUGUGACGGUCGGAUUGUCGCUCGAGCCUUGCGGGGCAAACGCCACGUGUCAAGGUAUAAAUGGUCAACGAUUUUCUGCCAGUAUGAACAAUCAAUCACUUGAGCUGCCGACAAGUUUAUCGUUGUUGCAAGCUUUCUACGGCAAUGUUACUGGAGUGUACACCACUGAUUUCCCCAACAACCCGCCUGUUACAUUUGACUUCACGAAUACCAACCUGACCAACGCCACGUCACUGCUGUUUGCACCGAAGGUGACGAAGUUGAAGAAGGUCAAGUUCAAUUCGACGGUGCAGAUGGUCUUGCAGAACACCGCUUUAAUCACGACGGAGAAUCAUCCGAUGCACCUCCAUGGCUUCGACUUUUACGUACUGGCCCAAGGAUUUGGAAACUAUAACAAAACCAGGGACAGCAAAAAGUUCAAUCUCGUCAACCCACAACGGCGAAACACCAUAGCCGUACCAGAUGGAGGCUGGGCUGUCAUCAGAUUCACUGCAAACAACCCAGGUGUGUGGUACAUGCACUGCCACUUGGACGUUCACUUGGGCUGGGGUCUGGCCACGGCUUUUGUUGUUGAAAAUGGGCCAACGCCGUCAACUAGGCUGCCUCCACCGCCGAAGGAUCUACCCAAGUGUUAGUGGUCUUGUUUCACGAAAUAAAGAGGCUCCGAUUGUUAACUGGUCUCACAAUACUAUUAUUUGUUUGGCUUUAAAUUCAAUUGUAUUAUUUGUUAAUUUCAGUUCUGAAAAAAAUUGAUGUAAUAAUUGUCAACUGUGAUGUAUCAGUCCAUUUUUUAAUGUAUUUUGCCUGUAAUAAAUAAUAUUUUCUUAAUA